AUGUUUUACCAUAUUCUGCUUCUUUGCAUGGUGUCAGAUUUUGCAAGCAUCUCCAAAGGUUAUAAGUUCAAGUGUACGCGUCCUUCCGCCAACCAAGCAGUAUGUAAGAUUAGCAAAUCAAGAACAAUAGCGUACUUACAUGGAAAUAUGAAGAAAUGUACAGUAGCUUGCAAUAAAAAGCACAAAAGAGCUGUUAAUUGCAAGAAUACAUGCAAGGAAUGCUUCAAGAUAUGCAAAAAGAUUAGAUUCAUUCCACCACCAACACCACCACCACCACCAACAACAACAACAACAACAACAACAACCACUACAACCACUACAACUACAACGACAACAACGCCAACGACGACGUCAAUGACUUCAACAACGACAACAAUGACACCAGGCCAGUUAUCCACUUUUCGAGAUAAUUAG